AUGGUGUUUGAGUCGCUGGUCGUGGACGUCCUGAACCGUUUCCUCGGCGACUACGUCGUGAACCUGGACAGCUCCCAGCUGAAGCUGGGCAUCUGGGGAGGAGCUGUAGCACUGAAGAAUCUUGAAAUAAAAGAAAAUGCAUUGAGUCAGCUGGAUGUACCAUUUAAAGUUAAAGCAGGACAUAUUGGUCAACUUAACCUACAGAUUCCAUGGCAAAACCUUUAUACUCAACCUGUUGAGGCGGUUCUUGAUGGAGUUUAUUUGCUUAUUGUGCCCACAGCCAGCAUAAAAUAUGAUGCUGAAAAAGAAGCCAGGCAGCUCUUGGAGGCAAGACAAAGGGAAUUGCAAAGGAUAGAGGAAGCAAAGCAGAAAAUAGCUGACCAAGAUAAAGUAAAAGAAGAGAAACAAGACACUUUUGUAGAAAAACUAGUCACUCAGGUCAUCAAAAAUCUUCAGGUGAAAAUUUCCAACAUCCAUAUUCGCUAUGAAGAUGAUAUCACAAAUCGGAAUAACCCCUUGUCAUUUGGGAUUUCACUUCAGAAUCUAAGUUUGCAGACCUCAGAUAAGAAUUGGAAUCCAUGUUUACAUGAUGAAACUGCCAAGUUGUUCUACAAGCUUGUACGACUGGAUAACCUUUUUGCUUACUGGAAUGUGAAAUCGGAGAUGUUCUACCAUGGUGGUUGUGAUGAAUCUUUGGUUAACUUAAAACAGGGAGUUGCCAGCCACAAUGUGAUUCCAGAAGGUUAUGAUUUUGUAUUCCGCCCAAUUUCAGCUAGAGCCAAACUCCUUAUGAAUCCUCGAUCUGAUGUUGACUUUUCAUCACCGAAAAUGGAUUUAGAUGUAAAUUUACAGGAUAUAACUGUUGAAUUCAAUAAGCCACAGUACUUCAGUGUUAUGGAGCUUCUUGAGUCUAUUGAUAUGAUGACUCGAAAUCUGCCAUAUAGGAAGUACAGACCUGAUGUUCCAUUGCACAACAAUGCCAAGACAUGGUGGAAAUAUGUAAUUUAUGGCAUCCUUGAAGUAAAUGUUCAACCUAAGCUCCAAAUGUGGUCAUGGGAACAUAUUCGGCAUCAUAGGAAACAAGUGAAGAACUAUAAAGAGCUGUAUAAAACAAAGAUAACAUCAAAAAAACCUAAUGAAGAAAUCUUAAAAUUGUUGGAGGAAUUCGAAAAGGCCUUGGAUAUUUUUAACAUCACUCUAGCAAGGCAACAAGCAGAAGUUGAGGCAUCUAAGGCUGGAUUAAAAAUCUACAGACCAGGAGUAAAACAAGAUGAUGAAAAUUCUGGUGGCUGGUUUAGUUGGAUAUGGAGCUGGUCAAGUGAAAAAAAGGAUGAACAAAAACAAGAAGUAAAGGGUUCAAGUCUUGAAGAGCUGAUGACACGUGAAGAGAAGGCUAAACUUUAUGCAGCAAUUGGAUAUAGUGAAACGGCUGUGGAUCCAACCCUUCCAAAAUCAUAUGAAGCCAUGAAGUUCUCUGUGAAGUUAUUAAGCAUGUCUAUAUCAAUAAGAGAAAACAAGCAAACUCCUGAGCUGGUAGAAUUUGCAUUAACUGGCUUGAGUACAGUGUUUACCCAACGACCAGGUGCACAAGCAAUAAGAUUUGAAACAAAAAUAGCCUCACUUGAAGUUACGGGCAUGUCCCGAGAAAAGUGUACACCCUGUCUCCUAUCUUCUCGAACGGUCUAUUCGGACAAGAGUACUUCACUCUUGAGCAUAAUGUUUGAGACUAAUCCUUUGGAUGAGAAAGCAGAUCAGAGGCUAAGAAUAGAAUCACAGCCACUGGAAAUAGUAUAUGAUGCGAUGACAAUAAAUAGCUUAGUGGAUUUCUUCAGGCCUCCAAAAGAUGUACAUUUAGAGCAGUUGACAUCAGCAACUCUGAUGAAGCUUGAAGAGUUCCGUGAAAAAACAUCAACAGGUUUGUUGUAUGUUAUUGAAACCCAGAAAGUGCUUGACCUCAAAAUUAACCUCAUGGCUUCAUACAUCAUUGUUCCACAAAAAGGAUUCUAUGACCGUACAUCAAAUUUACUACUUCUGGAUCUUGGUAGUCUUAAGAUGAAAAGCAAAAGUCGUUCUGAUUUAUCAGAACUCAAAGUAGGACAAAGCACUAUUGAAGAUAUAAUGUCAAGAGCUUAUGACAGUUUCGAUAUCCAGCUCAGCAGUAUACAGUUACUGUACAGCAAACAUAAUGAGAACUGGCAAGAGGCUCGGAAGCUGAAGUAUUCAUCUCAACAUAUCUUGCAGCCCUUGGAUGUAAAAGUGGAAUUUAGCAGGGCUAUGGUUGUUACAGAUGCAAGAAUGCCCAAGUUCAAACUGUCUGGACAGCUGCCUUUACUUUCUGUCCAAAUAUCAGACCAGAAGCUGACAAGUAUCUUAGAGCUGAUUGAUAGCAUUCCUAAACCAGAAAGUGCUCUUGCUACCAGUUCUCCUCCAAAAAUAACUGAGGCUGCAAUAUCCCCUGUGCUCUCAGCACCACAUUUAUCACAAGGUGUGUUUCCUGUUUUGGAUCUUCAUUCAUUUGCUGAGUCAGAAUCAGAAGAGGAAUUUUAUGAUGCUCUAAGCAGUCCUGUGGAAGACAUGCCAUUUUUUGAAGCCCCAUCUGGUUCCCUCAAGCGAGCUAGCAGUACAAGGCGAAAAAAACUACGUAAACAAGAAUCUUUGAAAAAUAUGACAGAAUUCCAGCUAAGGUUUGAAGUAGCUGAGGUCUUAAUUAAAUUGUGCCGUCUUACUGGUAAUACUGAGACACCUGUGCUGCAGCUUGAUAUUGUAGGGUUAGGCACUGAACUUAAAUUAAGAACAUUUGACAUGACUGCAAAUGCUUUCCUUCGUGAAGUUUGUCUGCUGUGCCCAGAGUAUAUGGAUGAUAAUGACAAGCCAGUUUACAUAAUUACUACUUUGGAUAAUGUAGAAGAUGAUCUUCUCACUCUGGAGUACAUAAAGGCUGAUAUUAAUGGACCAGAACUGAAAACUGCCUAUCAGAAUGUUCUACAGAAAGUAAAGGUGAACUUUUCAUCUCUAGAUGUUCAUUUGCAUACUGAAGCUCUGCUGAAUGCUAUGAACUAUCUUAAUAGUCUUCUACCCAAACAAGAAACUAAAGUUGCAGAAGAACCGGUCCAUGAAAAAAUAGAGGAGAAGAAGGAUGUUCUUAAGAAAUUAACAUCAAAAAAAUCGAAGUAUGAAGAUGUUAUUGACCUCAAUAUCUGUGCGGAUUUAUCCUGUUUACGUAUCUUUAUUAGAGAGAAGAAACAUAGAAUAGCUGAAAUUCACAUUGAAGGUUUGGAUAGCCAAGUGAUCAUGAAGAAAGCAGCAACAGAAGUGACUGCAAAAUUAAAGAACAUCAUUAUUGUGGAUUCUGAUGAGAUGGCAUUGUAUAAAAAGGCUCUUUACAUCACAGGAAAAGAAGUCUUCAACUUUAGAAUGAUAUCCUAUGUGAAUGCUACAGAUGGCAUUGCAUAUACAAAUAUGGAAGUUGUUGACAAUCGUAUUUACCUAACUGUUGGGUGUAUUCAAGUAGUUUUUGUCAAUAAGUUUGUUUCAUCUAUUUUGGCUUUUAUAAAUAACUUUCAAGCUGCCAAGGAAGCUCUUACUGAGGCAACUGUUCAAGCGGCAGAGAAAGCAGCUACAGGUGUAAAAGAGCUAGCAGAGCGUAGUUCCCGUUUGGCACUAGAUAUCAAUAUUAAAGCACCUGUUGUGAUAGUUCCACAGUCAGCAAUGUCUGCGAAUGUCCUGGUGGCUGAUCUUGGUCUAAUCACUGUGAAGAACCAAUUCUUUAUUGCUAAAACAAAAACACGGUAUAAUCUCCCACCUGUUGUUGACUCUAUGACGGUGAAAUUGAGUGAACUAAAGUUAUACAGAUCAUGCUACGAGCAGGGUUCAUUGCAAACUGAAGUACAGUUGCUGCAGCCACUCAAUCUGGAAGUAGCUGUUGAACGAAAUUUAGCUGCUGCAUGGUAUAAUGAAGUUCCUGAUAUUGAAAUAUCUGGCCGACUCAAGCCUAUGAAUCUAAUUCUCAGUCAGGAAGACAUUACCACAAUAUUGAGGACACUAAAUGAAAAUAUAGGUGGAAGCUCUGGUGCAUCAACAUCUUUACCAGAACCGAAAGAUACGACUAGCCAUUGUAGUGAUAUGCGUAGUACUUCACAGCACUCUGCAGGUGUAACUGUUGUGACAUCAGCUGUGGUGGAAUUGCAUUCACCUAUGAAAAUAAAAACAACACUAAAACUGGACUUCAGAUUCGACUCUCUGACUUUAGUAUUGUAUAGUCCAAAUUCAAAACAGGUUACAAAUUUGGAUCAGAGAGAUGACCUUUUGAAGCUUGCAGAGUUUAAGUUAGUUCUGAUGUCAGCUGCUGUCAAAAUGUUAUCAGAUGGUUCAAUGAAUGCUUCAGUCAAGCUGGCAAACUGUACAUUAGAUGAUAAAAGACAGUCAAUCCAGAAGGCUACACCAAGGAUGGUGGAAAUGAAACAUGGAUUUGAAAAGAAAGUUAUGGUCGAUAUGAGCUAUAAGCAGGGGAGAGAUGGCACUGUUCUUGAUGUGAUUGUUCAAGAGAUAUACCUUUGUGCAAGCAUGGAGUUUCUACUUACUGUUGCAGAUAUAUUCCUAAAAGCUAAUGCAGAAAGUGCUGCUGCACAGAGAAAUCUGAAACAGUCAUUACCUUUAAAGGAGCAAGCACCUGUGCAGCCUGUAUCUACAAUGGAAAUGAACAUUGUUGUUAAAAAUCCAGAGAUUGUGUUUGUGGCUGAUUUAACAAGAAGUGAUGCUCCUGCAUUGGUGGUUACAACACAGUGUGAGAUCUUCAUUAAAAAUAGCCCUGAAAGGUAUAGCAUGACAGCUGCUGUUAAAGAGAUACAAAUGAAAGCAUGCCCAUUUCUUCCAGAAAAAAGAAAAGGGAACAUUACUACGGUAUUACAGCCUUGUGACUUCUUCUUUGAAAUGAAACAGUCAGGUACUAAUCCACAGACAGCUGAUCUCACGAUUAAAUCUGUAACAAUAAAAGUUUCACCAAUAAUCAUAAACACAGUAAUUACUAUUACAUCAGCCCUUUAUCAAACUGCAGAAACAACAGAAGAAGAGAUUAGUCAAAUUCCUCCAGACUUGUGGAAUAAGAAAGAUAUAAAAAAUCUGAAAAUGUGGUUUCUUGAAGAGUCAAAUGAACAUGAAGAUACAAAUCCAACCGCUGAACUGGUUCCCACAGGAGAGUCAUUGAAAUUGAAUAUAGAAUCUGUUUUUCUAACACUUGAAGCUGGGGUUGGGCACCGAACUGUACCAAUGCUUUUAGCCAAGUCCUCAUUUCUUGGAGAAGUCAAGAACUGGAGUACUCUAAUCAACCUACGUUCUCGUCUUGAGCUAGAGGUACACUAUUUUAACGAGAUGUUUGGGGUGUGGGAACCUUUGCUUGAACCACUAGAAGUUGAGAAGACUGAUUUAUUCAAACCGUGGAUUCUUGAAAUCAAGAUGAAGAAGAAGGCUAAAAAAGCGUUGGUUGAAUCAGAUGCAGAAGAAGAAAAUUACAAAGUUCCAGAAUAUAAAACAGUAAUAAAUGUUUCCUCAAAAGACCAGCUGAACAUUACACUAUCCAAAUGUGGGCUGCAAAUGUUGAGUAACUUGGGCACGGCAUUUGCUGAAGCAGCUAGUCAAACUUCAGACAUCUUCAAAAAAGACCGAGCACCAUUUGUAAUAAUAAAUUCUUUAGGACUUCCCAUCACGGUCUCGCCUAGUGAUUCCUUUAGUGUCCUUAAUAUUGAAUUUGGAGCAAAAACAUUUCAUUUAAGAGAUGGAGAGAAUUUAAAUAUGGAAUUUGUCAGAACUAAAAAUGAGAGUGACCAGUUCACAGCAAUGACAACUCUGAGCAGCAAGAGGUUUUACAUUCAGAUCUGUCCACUUAAUCAUUCCACUGUGGAAAAGAUUCCAUUGACGAAAGUGGGUCGAUGUAUUUACAGAGUGAGACACGAGGAAUCCGGUGUUGAAAGGUCCAUUGUCUGCCAAAUUGACACUGUUGAAGGAAGCAAGAUGAUAACUAUACGUUCUCCUAUUCAGAUAAGGAAUCAUUUUUCAAUCCCGUUAAAUGUUUUUGAGGAAGGAAGAUGUUUAGGGACUGCUUCACCAGAAAAUGAAUUCAACAUACCAUUGUCCUCGUACAGAUCCAUACUGAGUUUGCAACCGCUAGCCAAUGAAAAUGGAGUGGAUGGAGAAUAUGAUAUGUGUGAAGGAAUUACAUUUGAUGAAAUUAUGAAAAAUGUUGACAGUUUAUUACAAAGGAAAUGCCAGUCUGUGAGGUCAACUAACCACUCACUUAUCAUCAAUAUUGUUCCUGUGAAAGACAUGUUGACAUCUUCAUUAUGUGCAGAAGAUCAAUGGGAUUUUCCAUAUGUUGUUCAUUUAUGGCCUUCUGUUCUUCUCCGCAAUCUGCUUCCUUAUCAAAUAACUUACUCUGUAGAGGGAAAUGGGAACAAAUAUGACACUCUACAAGAAGGAUGUUCAGCCCAGAUUCAUAAUGCAGUCUUGGAUCAAACAAAACUAGAUUUACAGUUGCUUAACUAUCUUGACCAAAAUUGGAAAAGUGAGUACCAUAUAAAAAGCAAUCUACCGGAUAUCACCUUCAUGACGUUUUACUGCAUCACAGAGUUGGAUAAGACUGAACUGGAUAUUGCUGUCCACGUGACCUACACAACUGGGCAGAUGGUUAUAGCAAUUCACAGUCCAUACUGGAUGGUCAAUAAAACCGGUCGAAUGUUGCAAUACAAAGCUGAUGGUAUUCACCGCAAGCAUCCUCCGGAUUACAAAAAGCCACUCCUUUUUUCUUUCCAGCCCAAAAACUUCCUCCAAAAUAACAAGGUGCAACUUAUGGUAACUGACAGUGAACUGUCUGAUCAGUUUUCACUGGACACUGUUGGAAGUCAUGGUUCUGUGAAAUGCAAGAGUCAUAAAAAGGAAUAUCAAGUGGGUGUCACCAUAAACAACAGCAGUUUUAAUAUUACUAGAAUUGUAACUUUCACUCCAUUUUAUAUGAUCUCAAAUAGAAGCAAAUACACUUUGGAAGUAGCUGAGGAAGGCAAGGAAAAGUGGAUUCCUAUUGUUUUGCAACAGUGCAUUCCCUUUUGGCCUGAAAAUGAUGCCAACAAACUGCUUGUUAGAGUUGAAAAUUCUGAUCUCCCCCCAAAGAAGAUAAAUUUUGAUAAGCAGGAAAACUGUCUACUACUGCAUUUGGACAACAAGCUUGGGGGAAUUACAGUGGAUGUUAACCUGACUGAACAUUCUACAGUGAUUACCUUUUCUAAUUACCAUGAUGGUGCAGCUCCAUUUCUGUUGAUAAACCAUACGAAAGAGGAAAUUAUUGAGUAUGGACAAAGCUCCCUCAGUGAAUUGGAAGACUGUCUUCAGCCAAAUAAGGCAGUACUGUAUACUUGGGCGGACCCAGCAGGAUCUAGAAAAUUGAAAUGGAAAUGUGGAAAUAGAACUGAGGAAAUUACCCCGAAAGAGGACAAAAUGGAAAUACUCAGCCUGGACUGUAGAAAAGUAGUCUAUUUAGUGUCAUUCUUUGAAGGUUUGCAGCGUAUUGUCCUAAUCACUGAAGAUGAGAAUGUAUUUAAACUGACAUAUGAAAGUGUAAAAGCAGAACUAGCAGAACAAGAAAUUAUUCUGUCUUUGCAAGAUGUUGGAAUUUCAUUGGUUAAUAAUUAUACAAAGCAAGAGGUGUCCUACAUUGGAAUUACAAGUUCUGAUGUGGUUUGGGAGACAAAACCUAAGAAGAAAUCAAGAUGGAGACCAAUGAGUGUUAAGCAGACUGAUAAAUUAGAACAAGAAUUCAAAGAUUACAGUGAGCUAACUCCUUCAGAAAAUAAGAUUAUUGAGUUGGAAUCAAAUGUUCUGGUAUGUUUAACUCCUAAUGGAAUGAACAUGAAAAUUCAACAACCAAAUGAGAUUCCUAUCAGAAGGAAUUAUCUGCCAGCUUUAAAAGUAGAAUACAGUUCAUCUGCACAUCAGAAGUCUUUCAGAAUUCAAAUUUACAGGAUACAGAUACAAAACCAGAUUCCUGGAGCCAUAUUCCCCUUUGUGUUCUAUCCUAUUAAGCCUCCAAAGUCCAUCACCUUGGAUUCAGCACCAAAACCAUUUACUGAUGUCAGUAUUGUAAUGAGAACUGCAGGACAUUCACAAAUAUCUCAUAUUAAGUAUUUUAAGGUCCUGAUUCAAGAGAUGGAUCUCAGAUUAGAUCUUGGCUUUCUGUAUGCCCUGGUUGAAUUCUUCACACAGACUGAUGUGCCGAGUGACCAAGAGCUAGAACUUUUCAAAAAGGAUGUUGAAUCCCUUCAAGAAGAACUGAUGAGUGUGUCAUCAAUGGAUACAUCACAGAUCAGCUUAUAUGAAUACUUUCAUAUCUCUCCAAUUAAGUUACACUUAAGCUUUUCACUGAGUACGGGUGGAGAAGAUAGUAACAAAGAAGAAAGAAAGAACGAAUUGAUACCACUUCAGUCCUUGAAUCUCCUGCUGAAGAGUAUAGGGGCCACCCUCACAGAUGUACAAGAUGUUGUCUUUAAGUUGGCAUUCUUUGAACUCAGCUAUCACUUCUGUACUACACAACAGCUCCAAUCAGCAGUUGUAAGGCAUUAUUCAAAACAGGCUAUUAAACAGAUGUAUGUUCUUAUUCUUGGCCUUGAUGUCUUGGGUAAUCCAUUUGGAUUCAUAAGAGGCUUGUCUGAAGGAGUAGAAGCAUUCUUCUAUGAACCUUACCAGGGAGCCAUCCAGGGUCCUGAAGAAUUUAUAGAAGGAAUGGCACUAGGACUUAAAGCACUAGUAGGGGGAGCUGUUGGUGGAUUAGCUGGUGCUGCAUCGAGAAUCACUGGUGCUAUGGCAAAAGGAGUAGCUGCGAUAACUAUGGAUGAGGAUUACCAGCAGAAAAGGAGAGAAGCCAUGAAUAAACAGCCCACUGGUCUGAGAGAGGGUAUCACUCGUGGUGGAAAAGGAUUAGUUUCUGGUUUUGUCAGUGGCAUAACAGGAAUAGUUACAAAACCAAUAAGAGGAGCUCAGAAAGAAGGAGCAGCUGGUUUUUUCAAAGGUGUUGGAAAAGGCUUAGUGGGAGCGGUAGCUAGGCCUACUGGAGGAAUCAUAGACAUGGCAAGCAGCACAUUUCAGGGUAUUAAAAAAGUUGCAGAUUCAUCAGAAGAUGUGGUAAGCCUGCGCCCACCUCGCUUCUUUGGUGAAGAUGGAGUUAUUAGACCUUACAGAUUAAGAGAUGGAACUGGAAGUCAAAUGUUACAGAAAAUUGAAAACGGAAGAUUUGCAAAACUCAGAUAUAUUGCACAUGCUAUGGUCAACAGUACAGAUCUGUUAAUGGUGACAAAAAGUGGUGUGUUAUUUGUGACAAAAGGGACAUUUGGACAGCUGACAUGUGAAUGGCAAUACACCUAUGAUGAAUUUACCAAAGAGCCAUUCAUCGUCGAUGGCAGAAGAUUACGCAUUGAAGCCAAGGAACGAGUUAAGUCUGUGUUCCAUGCCAAAGAAUUUGGAAAAAUCAUUAAUUUUAAAAGUCCAGAGGAUGCUAAGUGGAUCCUUUCUAAACUGGAAGAAGUGAGAGAGAAUCAACCAAAAUUGUAAUGAAUGAAGAAGCACCAAGAUGCGAAGAACACUGAACAGCUACCUUUUAAUUCCUCUUUAACAAGCAGAACUAUUUAAAUAUCAGAAACAAAAGCAAAAACAGGAGGGACGGAAGAUUUAUGAAAUUGUUUAUUAUGGUCACAACAGUCUAUGGCUCUAUCACAAAAACAGAUGACGUUAAGUUAAAAAAAAAUAAUCUAGUGAUCAAAAAAAUUCUUCCAAGUUUUGGCUUGUUUGGUUUGGUUUUUAAACGUAA